UGCGACGAUGGUGGUAUGGGAAAUAAGAAAAACAAGCUGAUCCUCUUUAUUGCUGUGGCUGCUAGUGGAAUUCUCCUCAUGGUAUCAUGUUGCUGCUUUUACGUUUACAGUUUCUUGAGGUGGCGUGAGAAAGUAAAAAGUGGGGCCGCUGGGGAGAAAAAGCCCAGCCCAGCUAGGGCUAGUUCAAAGAGCAGUGGAGGUCGUCGUAGUAGCGAAAAUGGACUGAAGCUUAUUAUGUUCAAUGACAAAAUCACAUUAGCAGAAACAAUUGAAGCAACUAGGCAGUUUGAUGAAGAGAAUGUGCUGAGCAGAACCCGACAUGGGGUAGUCUUUAAAGCAUGUUACAAUGAUGGAAUGGUGCUUGCAAUACGCAGACUUCCAAACGGAUCACUUGCUGAGAACAUGUUCAGAAAAGAAGCGGAAUCACUAGGCAGAGUGAAGCAUCGAAAUUUAACAGUUCUUCGUGGAUACUAUGCUGGUUCGCCUGACCUCAGACUCCUUGUCUAUGAUUACAUGCCUAAUGGAAACCUCGCUACAUUACUCCAAGAAGCAUCCCACCAAGAUGGCCAUGUCCUCAACUGGCCAAUGCGUCACCUCAUUGCACUUGGCAUUGCUCGUGGUUUGUCUUUUCUCCAUGCAGCCUCAAUGGUACAUGGCGAUUUGAAGCCCCAAAACGUGCUUUUUGAUGCAGAUUUUGAGGCACAUUUGUCGGAUUUUGGUCUCGAUAAGCUCACAGUGGCCACCGCAACUGAGCCCUCAACUUCAACAUCAGUUGGCACAUUAGGCUAUGUAUCCCCAGAAUCAACUUUGACUGGUGAAGUCACAAAACAAUCUGAUGUCUAUAGCUUUGGCAUUGUAUUGUUAGAACUUCUAACUGGAAAAAGGCCAGUAAUGUUCACACAAGACGAAGAUAUAGUGAAAUGGGUAAAGAGGCAAUUGCAAAGAGGUCAAAUUUCCGAGCUUCUAGAACCUGGGCUGCUUGAACUUGAUCCCGAAUCAUCAGAAUGGGAAGAAUUCUUGCUGGGAAUAAAAGUGGGUUUACUUUGCACAGCACCCGUCCCGUUGGAUCGACCCACCAUGGCUGAUAUCGUGUUCAUGCUUGAAGGUUGUCGUGUCGGCCCCGAUAUUCCCUCAUCCGCAGAUCCCACCUCCCAUCAUUCUCCAGCAUGACCCAUCGACUAAAAUUUGUAACCCAAUUCCAUUUACUUUUACAUUAUUUUUCUGCCUUUUCUUGUCAGGAAAAGAUUGUUAUCAGUAGCUAGUUUUGAAGUUUUAAUUAUUUUUGGAGUAAAAUUUCAUAUUCUUGGAACU